AUGGCGGCCGUUGAUUUUGCCAUUUUUUGGGUGCGAUGGGUAGUUGAAGCAUGUAAUGGACGCCUGAAACAGUGGCAGUAUUUGUCCAAGACCUUGCCAAACUCCCAGAUUCCAUUCAUUGGUGAAUAUGUUAUAAUAGUUGCAGCGCUCUGUAACAAGUAUAGGCCUCCAAUUAGUAGAUCAUCAGAAGAGGAUGAACAAGCUGCUGCCAAAAUGCUCCAUCUUUCACAGAGAGCAAAUACACUACAGGAACGUGUUGAAGGUGAGGGACUGGAUAGAAGAGGAAUGCGUUGGUCAAAAGUGGAUGUGGAGAAUGUAGCUCCAGAUUUUCCAUGCUAUGAUGAAAGUGAACUGCGCCAACUUACGCUCGGGGUAUAUCAGCUGCGCAUGGCCCUCUCCUAUGCUCAGGAACACACUGACGCAGAAGGUGGAUUUGAAAUCCUCAUCAAUGACAAGAUUCCUGGAUUGUUAUGCGCCAAAUUUUAAAGCAGACAUAUAUCCGAAAAACAGUACAGAUGCUGGGUCAGUUUCUGUGAUGGAGUGGUUGAUGGAUGGUUUUGCAAAUGUAAAGCUGGCACCAGAGUUGUUGGGAUGUGUGGCCAUGUUACCAAUGUUAUCUGGUAUCUCUCUUUUGGACGAUAUCAGAAUUCACUAAAGGGGGUUCGAAACUGGACUGCAUCACUGGAAGACGCCUCUAACAUCCCUGCCAUCAUUCAUGAAUCGGACAGUGAUGAAGAUGAGAAUUGUGUUGAAGAGUGAGAGAAGAAAGAGGAAAGUAAGAAAGAAGUUGUUUUGUGUACGAGAGCAGAGAGAGAGAGAGAGAGAGAGAGAGAGAGAGAGAGAGAAUACAUGGUUGGAAUUGGUGUGCCUUUGAUUUGAACUUUUGUUACCAGGGUAGUUGUCAUUAUUUGUGAAUUUAAGUGCUACAUGUAUAAUGUAUUUGUUAUUUAAUUUCCUUGUUCAAUAAACUUGU